GAGCGGAAGUUUCAUUGUUGUUCGUCCCAGCCGAGAUCUUCUCCUAACCCUCACCAAGUAGUUUUGAUGGCUGACCUGAGCCGUGCCGUCGGUGUGUCGUGCAGCAGGCGCGCCUGCGGCCGCAGUGUCUCCGCUGGUAGUCGCCGCUGUGCCGCCUCCGGUAUCGGCCCGCGGCUGGCUCCGACCGGCCCGCUCGGGAUGGCGCGGGCUGCGCUGCUGCUGCCGCUGCUACUCGGACUCCUGGCGCCCUGCCGGGCAGAGUUUGCGCCACCCACGCUGAAUAUCAACCUGGAUGAAGAUCCAGAGGUGCGAUGGGCGCCUCUGACCAAAGUCUUUGACGUGGACUUUCUGAAGAAAGCCGCCGCAGAGGUCAUUGACUCCACAGUUCCUAAAUGGGUGCAUUAUGUAGUGAAGCCGAUUGUGACUGCCCUGGAAAGCUAUAUUCCUCAGCCGUACGCAGGGGAGAUCCGCGGCAUGGCCUCACAGUUGGGAGGAAGCCUUGCGGAUGUCGUCAUUCUCAACUUUGCCUAUGAAAUUUCUGCAUUUUGCACUAGCAUCGUAGCUCAGGACACAAAUGGGCACGUGUACCACGGCAGGAACCUGGAUUAUCCACAUCCCAACCUGAGGAAUCUGACUGUCAACGUAGUUUUCUUCAAGAACGGAGAGGUGGCGUACCGUGGAACUUCAUUUGCUGGCUAUGUUGGCCUAUGGACAGGACAGAGUCCUAACAAGUUCACUGUCUCUGGCGACCAGCGGGGCAGCGAACACUGGUGGAACUGGUGGAAGAACGUGGUGUCUGCCCUCCUCUUUCGGAGAGCCCCAGUGAGCUGGCUGGUGAGGGAGACGCUGGAGGAAGCGGAGGACUUUCAGGAUGCGGUGAUGCGUCUUUCCAAAAUCCCCAUCAUCACUGGCGUGUAUUACAUCGUGGCUGGCGUGCGAGCGGGAGAGGGGGCCGUCAUCACCAGGGACCGGAUGGGCCCCGCUGAUAUCUGGCCACUUGAUCCUGUGAACGGAGGAUGGUACAGAGUGGAGACGAACUUUGACCACUGGCUUCCUCCCCCAGCCUGGGAUCAUCGAAGAGACGCUGCCAACAAAGCACUAAAUGCUACGGGCCAAGCUCACAUCAACUUGGAGACACUUUACCAGGUUUUGUCGCUGGUUCCAGUGUGUAAUGGAGGGACUAUUUACACAACAACAAUGAGUGCAGCCUCCCCUGAGAAGUACAAUACACUUGUCAGGCCGCAGGGCUGUUGACUGAACUGACAGCGAUCGAGCAGUCAGCCAACGUGCAGAUGUCCUUGUGUGUCUGAAUAUCAUGAGCACGUACAGGUUCAUCGUCAUGUGGAGAUUAUAUAACCACUGGCUAUGGAAGGGAAUUGGACUCAAGCAUCUCGAGGGCGACAGAGCUUUGCUGCCUCUAAUAAAAGAAAAAUUGCUGUGAUCAUUUUUCUCACCUUGUGUACCCGCAAUUUAUACGUCAAGCCUAACAAAAUGUUGUUUGCUUUAAUGAUUGCCGUCAUUUUGAGUGUUUCACAGGCCGUAACGUGUGUGUAGCAGUCACCAUCCUGUGGUGUUCAGAGGAUGAUGCAUUGAAGAAUACGCUCAAUGUGUCGUAAUUACAUGUUAAUGUGUUGCAAUAAAUUGUAAACAGAG